AUGAAGGUAUCCACAUUGUCGGCCUCCCUCAUGUUGGCCAUGAUGGCCAAUGUCAACGCUUUGCCUGCUUCCAUUAGCGACACUAAGAGUACAGCGUUGACGCCAGCACAGGAGGAACAAAUAAAUGCUCUUAUUGUUCAAUUGGACUCUCAUACCGCCAAAAGAGCUUUGAUUAUUGAUUCUGCCGAGCUUCAAAAGAGAGACUAUGCUAUCGUUACCCAGAUUUUGGCUGCAAUUGAUUCUACUAACCUUGCCCCUAUGAUCAUCCAGGGUUUGGUCGAUAACAAAAACUUGCAACCAAUUGUCACACAGGCGGCAAUUCUUAUCAUCAAAAGUGGUUUAAUUUCUUUAGAUACCUUAUUCACCGCCUUAACCCAAUCUGGCUUGGCUACUACAGUCAUCCAAGACAUUCUUGAUGAUUGUACUUUCUACCAAGACAUUUUCAAAUUGGCCUUGCAGGAGAUUUCUGGCUUGGUUGAUAAGAUCAAAGCCAAGCUUUCAGGUCAAAAUGUGAACCUUAAGAGAUCCGAGAAUGAAACGGACCUUGCUCUUUACGUCGAGCCAGUGAAGAGAUAUGAUCCAAACGGAGUUGUGAAUCAACUCUUGGAGUCAUUGGCCCAAUCCGGGUUGGCAUCUUCUGUGGUGAGAGCAUUGAUUGUUGACCCACAAUUUUUGCAAUAUGGUGCAUCUCUUCUUAAACAGUUGUUUGAUCAAAACCUCAUCAACUUCAGUGGCUUGCUUUCUGCGAUUAAAAACUCUGGUUUAGUUACUUCGCUUUUCAAGGAAUUCUUCAAUGUUUCGACCCUCAAGACAGUUAUUUUCAAUUCUUUAGCUGCCGCAUUUAACCAAUGUGGUGGUCUGACCAUCUCUGGUUCUCCAACUGGUCUUGUUACCCAGACUUCGACUACCACUGUGCUUCCUAGCUUCACUGCUACGGGGACCACCAUUCCAACUGGCACUUGCAAGAGAAGAAGAAAGAGAAGAUCGUACAAUUAUUGA